AUGUCUGUCAAGCUUUUCUCUUUUCUCUGCGUGGUCGGAACGGCCGUGAGCCUGGCCACCAACACCGGUGGGUCUCAGCGUUCGUGUCGUGCCCUCCCUGGGGAUGCUGCCUGGCCUAGUGCUAGCGACUGGGCUACGCUGAACAAGACCAUCAACGGACAUUUGAUUACCACUAUCCCGGAGGCCAGCGUCUGCCAUGAUAUUCCGUUUAGAGACUACAAUGCCGAGGCUUGCGCUCUGCUGCAGAGCACAUGGGACAUUGCGACGAUCACCCACAUCAACUCUCUAGCCGAGAUUCUGAACCAGAAUUUCCAGAACUACUCUUGCGUGCCCUUCACAGACGCGUCUCGACCGUGCGAACUGGGCAACUACCCCAGUUAUGUCGUCAAUGUCACCGAAGCCGGUGAUGUGCAGGGUGCCCUUGCAUUCGCACAGAAGCACAAUGUACGGAUCAUUAUUAAGAACACAGGCCAUGACUACCUUGGCAAAUCAACAGGCAAACGCAGCCUGUCCCUCUGGACACACAAUCUCAAAAACAAGGAAUACAUCCCGAACUACAAAGCGUCAUACUAUCAAGGCCCUGCCGCAAAACUCGGCGCUGGCAUUGAGGGAUUUGAGGCGUACGCGCUGGCGAAUUCCACAGGCCACCGUAUUGUGGGCGGCACCUGUCCCACAGUAGGCAUUGUGGUAGGUUAUACGCAGGGCGGAGGCCACUCAAUCCUUUCAAGCUCGUAUGGGGUGGCCGCUGACAAUGUCCUUGAAUGGGAGGUUGUGACUGUGGAUGGGCGGCACCUAACUGCAACCCCAACCCAAAACGCUGACCUCUACUGGGCACUCAGUGGCGGCGGCGGCGGCACCACAUUUGGAGUUGUUCUCUCCAUGACAGCGCGCCUGCACAUUGAUGGGAUAGUCGGUGGCACGCUACUGAGCUUUAAUGACAGCACAGUCGGUAGUGAAGCCUACUGGAAUGCAGUGGGUUCCUUCCACGCACUCCUCCCUGCCUUCCUAGAUGGCGGCAACUCCUUCACCUACUCUGUGGGCAACACUUCCCUAACGGCCUACGGGACAAUGCCCGGUGCCAACGCCACUGAGAUCAACCGCCUCCUCAGCCCCUUUUUGGAAGAGCUGGCCUCUCGCAACAUCACCCCCAUCUACGAGCCCCAGGUGGCACCCAACUAUUACGAGCACUUCUUCACCUACCUCGGGCCGGCUCCCUACGAGACCAACGCGGUAGUGACGGACUUCUUCCGCAACAUCUCACAGCUAGAAGUCUUCGCCCCGUUUUAUUGUGACAGUUUCAAUGUAGCUAACAAUUCUCACCCGGAUAAUUCCCUUCAUCCGGCCUGGUGCACGGGGAUGUUACUGUGCGCACCGGCGGCCGCGUGGGAUUGGCAUGCAACGCCUGAAGAAAUGGCCGAGCGAGAUGAGUAUGCUGCUAAAGUGCUGCAGCCAAUGAUGGAUGCGGCUACCCCGGGGGGGAUGGUGUAUCUCAACGAGGCAAAUCAUUUGUAUGAGGAUUGGAAGGAGAACUUUUAUGGGGAUAAAUAUGACAGGCUGUUGGGGGUGAAGAGGAAGUAUGAUCCUGGGGAUGUUUUGUAUGUUAAGACAGGAGUGGGGAGUGAGGGGUGGGCGGAGAAUGCCGAAGGCAGGUUAAUGUCGGGUUUAGAUCUGUAG